UAGGACAAAUGAGAGGAAGUGUUCCUCUCCUGAGGUUUUGCUGUGACAGACACGCUGUCAGUGAUGUUUUUCUCUGGUCUGUGAAUGCAAAAGAGCUCCUUAGAAGUAAAUGUAAAAAGAAUUUUAUGUAACGUUACAUACAAACAAAUGAUUAAAAACAUAAUUAUCUCAGUAAAUGGCUGGAUGAAAAAGAAUACUAAAACUAAAAAAGAAAGUGAAAGAUGCUGUAAAAGGAAGUUGAAGCAACAUGCUCACAUGCCCAUGUUAUAUGUGGCCAUGUUCCUGCAAGAGUCCCUUUCAAGGAAGUCCUGCCAGACACACAAACAGACUACUAUUUGUGAUUUGAAAUUCUUCUGUACGCUGCAAAAGACAAUCAGUAAAAAGACAGAUAUAAAACUAGAAAUAAUGCCAGAGAGUGAAAGACCAAAAUGCACCUCCGAACCUCGAACAACAAUAUUAGGGUGUAUCCUGGUGAUUUCCUGCAUCAUGUUCAUUGCUCAAGUGAUAGUUGCUUUAGCAACUGAUGAAUGCAAAGGAGAGUUCUACAUCCCCAUAUGCAUCUAUAAUUAUGGAUUCAUAUCUGCAUUUCUGGCACUGAGCAUGUGCACAGCGAAAAGAAUGCAGCAGUUUCCAAUUACACCAAGAAAGCAGUUGCUGUACCUGCUGCACCGAGGGCGGUGCAAGUGGUGCAACAUAGGCUGUUGCUCUGUGCCCCUCCUCGUCAUCUGUUUCUUUUACCUUGGUGUUAAUGUGUUCAUGUACUCGGAUAUAAAACCCAACUUCAAUAAGAGCGUAACCACAGGCAUUAUCUACUGCAACAAGACUUUCUACCUGUUUGCAUUUUGGAGCACCAACCUGACCUACGGCCUGUUGGGGCUGCUGUUCAUCACUUUUUGGUGUUGUAAACGACAACAGCCUGAAGACGGAGAUGAGGCUCAAAUACUCGUCCAGCAUUACCAGAUUAGGAUCCUAUGGUUCACUGUAUAUGAAGUCUAAUGUAUGUACUUUUAAAAAUUCUAACAGGUUAUCAUAUUGCAACAAAACUAUUACUAUAUGCUUCUUAAUUGGUUUUGCCUCGUAGAAAAAUGUUUUUUUUCUACAUUAUUACCAGUUUCUGUGCUGUUUUUAAAUACAUCCAUGUAAUGUUACUUAUGUAUAACCACUGUUGAUACCAGGUAAUUACUAUUGUAUUGUAUUUGACCAAAUUCCUGUGUAUUUUGUUUGAACCUAAAUAUAUUUACCUACAAAAACAUUAGAAACAGCAGAUCAGGGGAAGAAUAAUUCAAGGCUUUGGAGGAAAAAGUAAUUAUACUAGAAAUUAAAUUAAAUAAAAGAAA